AUGUACGCGAGCUGUUUUCUGCUGGGGACGGUGAUCGUCGGGGUGGUCAGCUUCCCCCAGCUGUUCGAGACGAAGAAGUUCAAGAUCGGAAUAGAGUAUGACAAUUCGCUACCGAUGACGGGUGGAUCUGACAGGUUCAGACACAGGAACAACUAUGAUCCUUUCUUCGUCACAGUCAACGCGACAGUCAAGAAAGGCUUCGUGAUCUCAUAUUUAGAAGUUACAGCAACAGUAGACGCCUUGGGUGAAGUGGAUUUCAACCUCAUCAGAGGACAAAGUGGGUCAAAGUCUGUGGCGUUCCAGCUGGUCUCGAAUCAUUCGGACUUCUUGGCGUACUCCUACUUGACGUAUGGCAUCAGGGAGGAGGAGUAUAGAAAGAUCAAAAAUAUUAUUUCUCUUCCAAUGACGAACAACGGAAUUAAACUCAACCAAAACUGGCUCGCGAUUUCAAUGUUUAUUGUUACUUAUUUACUCAAUGUUAUAUUAAAAUAA